UUCUCUUAGCUACUAGUUUAUAGGUUUUCUUUGCAUGGAAAACUGAUUGCAACAUAAUAAUGAUGCCAUUAUUGAUGAAUUGGUCAAGGUCAAAUGCUGCAAAUUAUUUUGCUACAUUUUACUAUUGCUGCCACUAAUAUCCUAUUACAAGGUUUAUACUGCUACAUUGAGAUAUACUGUGUCGUUGCUGACUUGUUAACACUUAUUUAAAAUAUUGUUGUGCUAUAUUGUGUUGGUUUUUCCCACGAGUAUACUUCAGCUUACAAUGCACUGUGUGCUAUGAAAACAACCAACGUUGACCCUUUUUGUGGUUAACACGAAAAAAAAAAUCCUUGUGUGAAUAAAAUAGCAUUAUACUAUUAAGUCCUUCCAAAGUUUGGAGGCCUUAAAGGCCUCCAAACUUUGGAAGGGCUUUUAUUGAACCCACAAAGCGUUAGGUAACAGCAAUGGUCACUCACUGUUAUAAAGGCAUUCUGAUCUUUCGACUGGGUCAAUUGGAUAAAAGGUGGAGGAGCCUCUGUUUUGUUAUCCUUAGUACUUUAGAAUGCAUUUCGCUUGAAAUUGAAAGAGCUGGCUUGAAGUAUUGUCAGAAACUGAAUGCAGUGUAUAUCGUCUACGUAGGUCGUCCCGUUCGCAUGUCGCAUUUUGUGGUUUCUUCUCCAUGUGCCUAAAAAAUCCUCGAACACUUCAAGUUCAACGUACGGCGGGAGUUCAUUUCAAAACUUGGGAAAGGUGAUCGAUCGGCUGUGCUUUAAACAUGUCAGAAACAACACCGCUCGACGGCGAAAAGCAGGAGGCCUUGGCCGUUGCCAAACUGAGCAGCGACUCGCAAAAAGAUCAAGAAAGUGUAGAAAUGACGACUGCAAGCGGCACUGGCGACGGAGAGAAGCCGAGGCAGCAAUGGAGCGGGCGGAUGGACUUCAUACUGUCGUGCGUCGGGUUUGCUGUGGGUUUGGGCAACAUUUGGCGCUUCCCGUAUCUUUGCUACAAAAAUGGUGGCGGUGCAUUCCUGAUCCCCUAUUUGAUAUGUGCAAUUGCUGGGGGUAUUCCACUGUUCUUCAUGGAAGUCGCCUUGGGACAGUUCAUGUCGCUCGGCGGUAUCAAAGCAUGGAACAUAUGCCCAGUCUUUAAAGGCAUUGGUUACGCCACCACCUUGAUCACAUUCUGGAUGAAUCAUUACUACAUCAUCAUCUUGGCCUGGUGUCUUCUGUAUCUCUUCUCCUCGUUCACCACCGAACUCCCCUGGUCCAGCUGCAACCAUGAAUGGAACACCGAACGUUGCCGAGACACAUAUGAUGAUAGUAACACAUCUUGUGUGAGUAAUGUUUCGUUUUACGCAAAUGUGAUCAAUGAAAGCAGCCCAGUGUCUUUGGCUCAAUAUGAAGAGGACUUCAACCAGACCUGUGUGAAUGAGACAUAUACUUCUCCUGUUGAAGAAUUCUUUGAGCGGCGUGUGUUGCACAUGUCAUCAGGAAUUGAGGAGUUAGGAUCCGUGCAGUGGGAGCUGGCCCUCUGUCUGCUUCUAGCCUGGGUGCUUGUUUAUUUCUGCAUCUGGAAAGGGGUCAAGUCCACAGGCAAGGUUGUGUAUUUCACUGCCACUUUUCCCUACGUGGUGCUUACCAUUCUCCUGAUCCGCGGUGUCACUCUGGACGGAGCAGGGAGUGGCCUUAUAUUCUACCUCAAGCCCAACAUCACAAGACUUGCUGACAGUCAGGUAUGGAUUGAUGCCGGCACACAGAUCUUCUUUUCCUAUGCCAUUGGUAUAGGGUGCCUGACUGCCCUAGGUAGCUACAACGCAUUCCACAACAACUGUUACAAAGAUACCUUGAUCAUAGUCAGCAUUAACAGCUUCACCAGUCUGUAUGGAGGCAUUACCAUCUUCUCUGUCUUAGGCUUCAUGGCCCACGAGCAAAAAAUUGACAUCAGUGAGGUGGCUGACAAAGGUCCAGGGCUUGUCUUUAUUGCCUACCCUAAGGCUGUCUCUCUGAUGCCUGCUGCUCCUAUCUGGGCCUGUGUUUUCUUCUUCAUGCUCUUACUAAUGGGUCUGGACAGCCAGUUUGUAGCUGUGGAAGGCUUCGUCACUGCUGUAGUAGACCUGUUCCCCAAACUGCGCAAGGGAUACAACAGGGAGUACUUCAUACUGGUUGUCUGCACUGUCUCCUAUGCCUUUGGUCUGGCCAUGGUAACAAAUGGAGGAAUGUAUGUAUUCCAGGUCUAUGACUAUUACUCAGCCAGCGGCAUGGUCUUGCUGUGUAUGGCAUUCUUUGAAACCGUUACAAUUGGAUGGAUUUAUGGCGGUGAGAGAUUCUUUCAGGAUAUUGAAAGAAUGAUUGGCUACCGGCCAUUUGUGUGGUUCAAAUGGUGCUGGAUGUUCUUCACCCCAGGCAUAGCACUGGCCAUCUGGAUAUUCAGUGUGGUGGGCUGGAAACCGUUAGAAUACAACGAUUACACCUUCCCGCUCUGGGGUGAAGGUAUAGGCUGGUUCUUUGCCCUCAGCUCCAUUGUGUGCAUACCCGUUUACUUUGUGUACAAGUUGGCCACAGCGCGGGGAACUAUACGUGAGCGUUGGAGCCAUGUCACAACACCGAUCUUCACAAGUCAACAACUUACACCGGAGAGUUCUGACAGCAUAUACCUCGACGAGACAAAAUACAGCAAGAUUGACUCUUGUCCCGAAAAGCAAAUGUUUUAAUUCUUCAAAUUCUUUUGGUUAUAGAAAAAAAAACAUAUUUUUGUUCAUUGUUUAGCCUUUAUAAACUCUGUAAGCAGAGAUGGUUAUAGAUGGGAAAGAAAAGUUGUGUUAGUGAGAAGUGAUCUCGGAGUUCGGUUCUUUUCAGAACCUCCAAAUCAAAUAUUGUAGCCUUUAUAAACUCUGUAGGCAGAGAUGGUUAUAGAUGGGAAAGAAAAGUGGUGUUAGUGGAACUAAUGUCUUCUUUUGAAAGUGUGGUUCUGAAAGAACCAGUGGUGAGAAGUCGUCAUGUUCUUGGAGUUUGGUUCUUUUCAGAACCUCCAAAUCAAAUAUUGUAGCCUUUAUAAACUCUGUAGGCAGAGAUGGUUAUAGAUGGGAAAGAAAAGUGGUGUUAGUGGAACUAAUGUCUUCUUUUGAAAGUGUUGUUCUGAAAAGAACCAGUGGUGAGAAGUCGUCACGUUCUUGGAGUUUGGUUCUUUUCAGAACCUCCAAAUCAAAUAUUAUAGCCUUUAUAAACUCUGUAGGCAGAGAUGGUUAUAGAAGGGAAAGAAAAGUGGUGUUAGUGGAACUAAUGUCUUCUUUUGAAAGAACCAGCGGUGAGAAGUCGUCAUGUUCUUGGAGUUCGGUUCUUUUCAGAACCUCCAAACCAAAUCAAAUAUUGUAGCCUUUAUAAACUCUGUAGACAGAGAUGGUUAUAGAUGGGAAAGAAAAGUGAUGUUAGUGAAACUAAUGUCUUCUUUUGAAAUUGUGGUUCUGAAAAGAACCAGUGGUAUGAAGUCGUCGUGUUCUUGGAGUUAGGUUCUUUUCAGAACCUCCAAUUCAAAUAUUGAGAUGGACUAAAAGCCUAUGAACAAGUUAAAGGAAAACUAAAACGAUAAUGUGGUUUUAAUAAAAAUGGUGGCACAUAGAAAUCUGGUAAACUAACGAUGGGCCGUUCUUCUACAUGUACAAGGUGUCCCAAAAAAGUUGUGCAAGAUGAUAUCAUUUCUCAAAAACUACUUCAUUUCAUAUUAAUUAUACUCUGACUUGUGAAUCAUCAGUGAAAGUGCCAUGGAAAUCCGUUCAUGCACACCAGAGAUCUAACAGAAGGCUAUGGAUUUUUCACCCAUUCCAGUGGGAUUUACACAGUGAAAAUGCAUCAUGGGACUUUUCACUCUGAUGUAAAUUAAGUUAAAAUGUGUAAAUCCCAUCCCCUUGGAAUGAGUGAAAAACCCAUAGCCUUCUAUAAUCUGUUAGAUCACUCUCUGGUUUGCAUGAACGGAUUUCCAUAACAGAAAUUAAGGAUAUUAGUGCCUGCACAAUUUUUUGAACAAUCUGUAUUCAUUCCUUUUUGGGGGGGGGGGGGGGGGGGAGGAGUACGUUUGCUACUUUUGGGGGAUUUUUUAGGUAAUUGUUAGGUUUCGGGGAUUUUUUUCCAGUUACUGCAAAAUGCCUUACACAGUACACUGUUUACUACAUUAUGCUUUUUACAGUAUUUUAACCCGUGAGGUUAUAUGGACAAAGGAAGACAGUAUGAGACGAAGUUGUACUUGAGCUGAAGGUUUAUUCGGUUGGCUGUGACGCUCUCUGUCUGAUUUCUAGAUUCUACUGGGUUUUUAUACAGGUAAUGGACAUUCCAAUCUAACAGCUAUCUUACAGGUUUUCUUGCCUUAUUAGGAAUUGUUCACUAACUAUUGAACAUUAAUAAUACAAGAUUAAAGGUGUUUGGUCAACUUGUAUCUGGGGGCAGGGCUAGGCAAAUUAAUAGAACAAUCGCAUUUCCUUAUAAGUCGGUGGGCUGAUUCACUGUGGCCUUUCGGUGCAGCCCAGCAUCAACCAGCGCGGACCUUGUGGCUAAACUGGCAAUUCCUUAGAUGUGUCUCAUUACCAGGAAAGUGGUCCUGUUCCUUGAAGGUCAACCCAUACAACUUAUUCAAUAAAAUAUAAAACAUGAUAUUUGAUCAUGGUGAUAGUAUGCCUUAGGUAAAUUCUAAGUAUUUUACGGGUAAUUAAAACUGCAGGGAGCUUUGUUUAUAUUUUUUUGUAUAUUAUGAUUAAUUGCUCAUAGGAGAAGACGAAAUAACCGAAACUAAUAGCUAACAAAAACAAGGACACAAAUUCAACUCCUUGUCAAAUAACCAGUUUAAAAGGUAUUCAAUUUUUUUUAAAUUGUAUUCAGGUGGUUUGUGAUUUAUUUUGCAUAAUUACUACCGAAGCCAAAGGCUGAAUUCCAUGAAUUUGAAAUAGAAAUAUGUAAACCAUGAUAAUAAUGAGCUUCAGCUAUAAAUUUGGUGCCACUGGAAAGGUAACGAGCUGUGCUCUACAACAUUGUUUAAACAUUUCUAACUUUAAUGUGGUUAUUCCUCAUAUGCUAUAGCAGGUCAAAACGUAACAUACUCCCGUACUGAAAUAAACAUAAUAGUUACAAGAAUGUUGUACAAUGUACAUGUACAAAAACUCAUCACAUUACAUCGAUAUAUUUGAAACGAACACAAUAUGGAAAAAUUGCGCCGUUUGAUAUUCAAUAAACCUGUUUUGUAAAACAGA